GCUGGGAAAGGAGGGGCGGGAUGGCGCACGCGCGCAAAGGCUUCGGCCGCUAGCCGAGCGUAAACAAGGCGCCGCUGUGAGGGAGAUGAAGAGACGGUCGGAGAAGAUGAGCCGGGCCGGGCGCCUCCGAGGCUGAGCCUCGCCGCCCUUCUUACGCUCCCCCGCCCGGCGAAGGACGAGCGACGAGGCCGCCAUGAACUUAGCCAGCCAGAGCGGCGAGGCCGGCUCCGGCCAACUGCUCUUCGCCAACUUCAACCAGGACAACACGUCCUUGGCUGUGGGCAGCGUGUUGGGGUACAAAUUCUUCUCUCUCUCAUCUGUGGAUAAACUGGAGCAGAUCUACGAGUGCAAUGACACCGAAGACGUUUGCAUCGUGGAGCGGCUCUUUUCCAGCAGCCUGGUAGCCAUCGUGAGCCUCCGGGCGCCUCGCAAGCUGAAAGUCUGCCACUUCAAGAAAGGGACGGAGAUCUGCAACUACAGCUACUCCAACACGAUCCUGGCCGUCAAACUGAACAGACAGAGAUUAAUUGUCUGCCUGGAAGAGUCUCUGUACAUACAUAACAUACGGGAUAUGAAGGUGCUGCACACCAUCAGGGAGACGCCCCCCAAUCCUGCUGGAUUGUGUUCCCUGUCCAUCAACAAUGAUAACUGUUACCUGGCCUAUCCAGGGAGUGCGACCAUUGGCGAAGUCCAGGUUUUCGACACCAUCAACCUGAGGGCUACCAACAUGAUCCCCGCGCACGAUAGUCCUCUGGCUGCCCUGGCUUUCGACGCAAGCGGUACAAAACUUGCCACCGCCUCGGAGAAGGGCACCGUGAUCCGGGUAUUUUCCAUUCCAGAGGGGCAGAAGCUCUUUGAAUUCCGAAGGGGCAUGAAGAGGUGCGUCAGCAUCUCUUCGUUGGCCUUCAGCAUGGACGGCAUGUUCCUGUCGGCUUCCAGCAACACAGAGACAGUACACAUUUUCAAACUGGAGACUGUGAAAGAGAAACCUCAGGAGGAACCCACAACCUGGACGGGGUACUUUGUGGAGACCAUUCGGACUUUCCCAAACUACCUGCCUGCCCAGGUGACCGAAAUGUUCAACCAAGGCCGAGCCUUUGCGACAGUCCGGCUCCCCUUCUGCGGGCACAGAAACAUCUGCGCCUUGGCCACAAUUCAGAAAAUUCCCCGACUGUUAGUAGCAGCUGCCGAUGGGUAUCUCUACAUGUACAAUUUGGACCCUCAGGAAGGGGGUGAAUGCACACUGAUGAAACAGCACAAGUUGGAUGGCAGCAUGGAGCCAGCCAAUGAAAUUCUAGAAUCUGCCUCUCACGACAGACCAUUGGUAGCACAGACCUACAGUGCCGCUGUGACCAGAGGUGCUGCUUAUAUGCCUUCUUCACCCACAAGACAUGUCUACAACGAAGAUCUCGGGGCCGUUGGUGGCGUUUGCCUGGAGGACGACAUCAGCGCUCUGCGACUAGACGAAGACAGCGAACAUCCUCCCAUGAUCCUUCGGACUGAUUGAACUUCAACCUGUGAAUUGCACUCCCCCAAGCUGAGAACGCCAGCCUGACACUUCCGGAGGACUCGUGUCGACGCUGCUACGGACUUCGGCCUGAGCCAAGCGUGUGUGAUCCUCGAAGGAAGACAGACUUCCCUCUGAAAUCAAAGCAAAACCUACAUACACACACACACCAUCCUAGCUUCUACUGCCGGUUCUAUACCCCCAGAGGUGGAAAUGCACACCUAGAUUUCACUUCGCUUUUUUUUUUCUUUCUUUUUUGGUAGCCGUCAGGAAAUAACCCGUAUAUUUUUCCGUUGUUGCCAAACAAACAAAAAAGAAAACCAAACCCUGCUAUUUAUUCAGCACCUUUGAGCUUUGCAUGCCUCCUUGUGCCAAGUGAAAAUAGGCGAGCCGAUUCAUUUUAUAACUUGUGUUUUUUGUUUUUUUAAUUUCUUAAAAGAAAACAAGUUUGCGAACUUCACACUGGGCAUUGGCGAGGGGAAGGAAGAGCGGCGAGGAUGAGCUCAAGAUGCUUUAGCUGCUUCUUCUGCCUGGACAAAGAAAAUAAUAAUUUUUUUUUUAAAAAAAAGAAAAUCCGAGUGGCUUUUUUUGCGCACGGCUUAAGAGGCGUGCGUGCCUGGAGAAUUUGAGACACUACUUUUACUAAAGAUCAAGCGUUUCCCCGCCCCCUCCUCUGAAUCUCUCCCCCACCCCUUUCCUCUGUCUUCAUGAUCCAUUUCCUCUUUUCUCUGGUUUGUAUCAUUAUUAUUAUUUUUUGCUUUCUCCCUGGCUUUUCAGACCAUUUUGGUAAUUAAAACUUUUCCUGAUUCUACUUCUUCUGUGGGAUUGUGGGAUUUGUCUCUUCCAACGUGGGCCUUGUUUUCCAAGCAUCUUCCACUGUAAAUACAAGGUUUUGGUCAGCCAAGGAGAGAGAGAGAGAGAGAAGGGAAGAGAAAGGCUUUAUCUGUCUCUCGGAGCCAUCUUUAGAAGCUGUGUGAAGCCAGGAAUCCUGGCUCGGCAGACCACAGAAGCUUGCAUAUUGAUGGCAAACAACCAGGCAGUGGAGAGAUCUGAAUUUUGAGGGCAAGAGAUGAAUUGGAACAUCUGGAGGGGUGCACACAUUGGCAAUCCCUUAAAUCCCUUAAAUGUUUUGGGAUCUCUAUGUGGAACUCCAGGAAUUGCUGGGAUGUGGCAAUCUCUUCUCGAUCCCUUUUUCCAUUUUUGAAUCUAAAUCUCUUCCCAGCCCUGUUCCCUGGGAUCCCGGUUCAAGCCGGCUUCUGCGUUCUUUGGCUACAUGCUUGGUCUUGACAUGUCAAAUCUGUCCUCCUUUAUUUGCUUGCUUGAAGAGUGAAGGAAACCGGCUAUGCUUGUUACCAGCAUCAUGGUUUGUUACGCCAAAAUCCACACACACACCCCAAACCCCAGGCUUCAUACGAUUGUCAUAACCCUGGCUAGCAUGUUGACUUUAACAAGUGUUAAGUUCUUAACCAGAAAGUAUGUUCCUUCUUGCGGUUAGUUUUAUCCGAGCUGUAUAAAAUCUACUCGCCUCACUUGAAAUCCUUUCCCUGUCUGUAGCUUUCUUAAAAACUCUUUUGAGAAAACCGUUCAACUCCCUAGAUCUAUUCCGGGUUUGUUUGCUGCUGCUGGACAAAAACCCCUUAUUUAUUUUGUUUCUCCUUUUUGCAGCUCCUGUGGAUGUCGACCGUAAUCUCUUUCUUCCCUCCUCUUGUCGGAAGGUUUAUAUCCUUAAUAUUUGGCAUAUUGUCGUGCUGUGCUUUUAACUCCCCUCCAUCGCAACUGCUACUAACAGUUAGCUUUAGGAGGUUAAAAGGAUGAAGCCUGAACUUUGGGGUGACAUCUGAAGGAUGUCUUCAAAGAAAGAACUCAUUUUUAGCACGUCCGUUAAGGUCCUCGUGUCCCCCUUAAGUUGUUGUUCAAGGUUUAAAACGGAAUCAUGUUCCUGUAUCCUAUUUUAUUUUAUUUUUUGUCUCCUUGGUUGCAGCUCUUCCUCCUCUCGAAGGUGUUACAUGGCCUAACCUGUUGUGUCAUUUCUCACUUCCAACAGCUUGCGCAAAGGUUGUCGUGUCAUGGGGGGGAAAAAACAACAACCCAAGUUUGUUUGCGACUGCCAGGACUUGGAUGAAAGUGUGACCAAAAUCGGAGGAAAAAAAAAAAACUGCCUUUUCAUUACUGAGCUGUAAUGUGCCUUGUUCCAUUUUUUUGUUUUUUGUUUCGAACCUUUGAGAUUUGUUUCCGUGCGCCAACAAGAAAAAUGAUGUGAAGGGGGGGGGGGACUUUUUUAGGGUGUGAAUGUUUUUUUUUUUUUCAUAGAACUUUAGCCCUCUUGGAGUUCCCUUCCCCCCUUUCCCUCCUUUUGAUUAAAUUACCACUAGGUCUUC